CAGUCAUGGGUCAGUGCACCUCUGAUACAUCUAAGGAUGAAGACCUUGGAAAUUUGGAGUCCAGCUUCGCUAACUAUUUAAUGACGAUUAAGACAGAAAGCAAGAUAAUUUCGCAGGAAACCAUUCAUUCAGUAGAAUCUCAAAUGAAAGAAGGAAACCUUCAGAGGGCACAUUCCAUAAUCGGUGAUGCAUUAAGAGAUAUUGAUAAUGCCACAAUCAACAUUGCUGUGACUGGAGAGUCUGGAGCAGGGAAGUCCAGCUUCAUCAAUGCCCUGAGAGGGGUGGGACCUAAAGAUGAAGAUGCAGCUGAAGUUGGGGUAACAGAGACAACUAUUAAAAGAGCUCCAUACAAACACCCCAAAAUUAGAACUUUGACUCUAUGGGACCUGCCUGGCAUUGGAACUAUGAACUUUCCGCCAGAAGAGUAUCUGGAGAAAGUGAAAUUCCAAGAGUAUGACUUCUUCAUUAUUGUUUCUGCCUCACGUUUUACAAAACAUGAACUAGACCUUGCCAAAGCAAUCAUAUUCAUGAAAAGGAAUUACUACAUUGUGAGAACCAAGGUAGACACUGAUUUACAAAAUGAGGAGAAAAAUGAACCAAGUACCUUUGACAGAGAAAAGACCCUGCAGAAGAUCAGAAGUUCCUAUGUGAACACCUUUUCUCAAUAUGAGAUGGAUGUACCACAGAUUUUCUUGAUUUCUAACAGAGAUGUAUCAGACUAUGAUUUUCCAGUCCUGAUGGACACCCUGAUAAAGAAUCUUCCUAAUGAAAAGCGCCACAAUUUUAUGCUUUCCUUGCCUAAUAUCACAGAGGCAGCUAUUGACAGAAAACGUGAAUCUAUGCGGCAGUUUAUCUGGUUGGAAGCCUGCAAGGCUGGAGCAGUGGCUACUAUGCCUUUAGUGGGCCUCUUCAGGGAUGAGAAGGAGAGGCUGAAAGUGAAGUUAAACCGCUAUCGAGACCUCUUUGGAGUGGACGACACCUCUCUGGAAGCCAUUGCUAAGAAUUCCCAAGUGCCUGUUGAACAACUGAAAAAAAUCCUUAAAUCUCCUUAUUUGUUGGAAACUGAGAAAGAAAAAACAUUAGAAAAAUUAGCUUCGGAAACUUUGGAUUUAUUUGCCUCAGCUACUGGUGGGCCUCUUGGUGCUGGUGUCUUCUUUAGGAAAACCAUUUACUUUCAACAUCUUUUCCUUGACACAGUGACUGAAGAUGCCAAAGUUCUUCUUACAAAGACAUAUUCGAAAGUCUAGUUGAAACU